UUCGAGGGAGGAGGCACGUUCUAGUUUCAGGAACUGGAGAGAAGAACAGAAGGGCGUGUGUUAUUAAUAAUCAGCCGAGCAGAAAGUCCCGCAGUCUUUCUGACAGCGAGCAGACGAGGAAACGCAGCGCUCCGGAGAGGACGCGUUGAGCGCGCUGUUCAUGAGCCGCUCUUGAUUCAUCGCUUGUCACGGCGCGGCGCGCGCGGUGCGUGGGUUACACAUCUGCGCUGUGUUACAGUGUGACUAAUCGGAGCUUUGACGCAGUGGAUUGUUUCGUGGGAAGCUUCUUCAUCUGAUCCGAGCUGAUCGAUCCGCGUCUUUUCCUCGCGUUAUAUCGACCUACACACAGUUUAAUGCUGAGGACUUCUGAAUGCCCUUCCAAAUUCUAACUGCUCAGUUAAUUCGUUUUUUUCCCCCGUCGUGGACUGAGUGGAUGGCUGAAAACGUGCAGCUCAGAUAAUUUCUUGCUGUAUUAUGUCUUGUGAGGAAUCUGUCUUGCAGUUUCAAUGACGGGUAAGAUGGAAACGCCUUUCUAUCACGAUGAUAGCGUUCCAAACUUUGGGCAAAUUCCAGAUUACGAUCGAUACCAAAGCCACAAGAUUAUGAGCAAGAAGAACAACAUGCCACAUAAUUUCUCCAACAGCGUGGGAAAUGCCUCGAGCCUCAAACUCCUGCAGGGACAAGCUGCGAGCAACAGUCUGGGCAUGAAUGGUAAUCCCAACGGCUCUCUGAUGUCUUCUCCAGACAUGAACCUCCUGAAGCUGUCCUCUCCAGAUCUGGAGCACCUGAUCAUCCAGUCUAACCAGGGGCUGGUUACUACAAGCCCGGCUCCCAACGCAUCUGCUAAUCCCUUCAUGUACCGAAACCAGGCCACGAACGAGCAGGAGGGAUUCGCAGACGGCUUCGUCAAAGCUCUGGCCGACCUGCACAAGCAGAACCAGCUGGUCGGGGCCCCCAUGUCCCCCUCCUCCUCCUCCAUCCAGGGCUCUUACCAGAGGAACCUGAUGCCGGGUGGAGACAUGCCCAUCUACACCAACCUGAGCAGCUACAACCCCAACCAGCUGCCCUCCUCUUACCCUGGCGGGCAGAUCGCCUAUGCAUCCGCAGUCCACGCCUCGGCUCACUCCGGCCAGCACCCUCAAGGACGGGGACUGGACGCUCCGCAGACGGUGCCCGAGGUGCCACACCCACCCGGGGCUGACCCCGCCAGCUCCCCGCCCUCACUCUCUCCCAUCGACCUGGAGACCCAGGAGCGGAUCAAGGCGGAGCGCAAGAAGCUGCGGAACCGCAUCGCCGCCUCCAAGUGCCGCAAGAGGAAGCUGGAGAGGAUCUCGCGGCUGGAGGAGAAGGUCAAGGUGCUGAAGACGCAGAACUCGGAUCUGGCCUCCACCGCCAGCAUCCUGAGAGAGCAGGUGGCUCAGCUCAAACAGAAAGUCAUGAAUCACGUCACUAAUGGCUGCCAGAUCGCCGUCAGCUCUGCCGGCAUGGCCAAGAGCGGAGAGAGCACCAGCUGCUGAAACCACAAGACACACACGCAAGGUUUUCUAUUGACUUUCUCUUUAUCUCCUGGCCGCACUCUUACGCUCAUUCUCUGUCUCUCUCAACCCUGUCUUACUUCUUCUCGCCAUCUGAGUGGCUGCUGUGGAGAAAUGACACGAAAGCAGAGAAGGGGCGAUACAGGGGAAGACCCGUCAGAGACGCACAAGAGCAACCCUGCUUUCCAUCUGUCCGACUCUUCAGGAAUGUCCUCCUUGAAAACCUGCACAUGCUCCCAAAGCUCAGGGUGCGUUCUUUGACUGCUCUUUGGACUUGAAGUUGUUCGGGUCAGCUGGGUACAGCUGACAAAAAGGCCAAAGUGACAUGGAUGCUAAUGCACUGCGGGUGGGAUGAUUACAAAGGGAACAAAAACUCAUGCUAGGAAUUCUGCACUUGAAUACUUUUCUUGUUUUCUGCUUCACACCCCGGGUUUUUACCGAGAUUCGUCACUUCAAGCAGAUGGAAAGUUUACUCAAAUCUUUUUUCUUUAUAAUCGGUGUCUCAUUCAACCGAUGGACGAACUUUAUAUGUUUUAGGGGUUUGUGUUUAUAAAAUUGUUGAACAACAUGCACUAUUAUGCAAACAUUUUCCAAAGCACCUGACGGACUCUUACAAACGUGAAAAAGAACCGAUCCCUUUAUACUGCUUUGAGAUGUCAACUGUAUUCUAGUGGAAAUCUCUUGGUUUAAUCUGUCACCUUGUCUCAGUAACAAUAUUGUUUGUUGGUUGGUUGGUUUGAUAUUGUGCAAUUUGUGAAUAUGGGGAAAAAUAUUUUAUAGAAACAAAGACUUUUUUUUAGAAGUAUUAUAUUACUGUUUAAUAUCAAAACAUUAUAAGCAAAGAGACAUCUACGGAUAAAGGAUUGUGGUACUGUGCAAAACUUUAAUGGUACCCUUUUCCGUUUUUGAGUUGGGAAUUUCCUGAGCAUUCCGAGACCUUUUGCACUGUAGUCUCCCGUCGGGAGAUACAUUCUAAUAAUGGGAUAGUGUGUUUGUGCCAUUAUCUAUAGAGUAUUAAUGCUACUCUGGACUAAAGAAAGGGGAUAAUGCACCAACUCAAGCGUCAAAAUGGACCAGAAAUCUGAACAACAAAAGGGCUUUUGAUCAAUAAUAUUUUGCUUAUUUUUUUCUGUAUUUGAUUUGAUUUAAUUAUAAUUUUUUUAAACAAUUUAUGAAGCAAUUUUAUUUAUACAGAAUUUGUAUUUAUGUUGUUUUCUGAGGAGAGGAAGAACACGGUCGGAAUACUAGUGUCGUGUUGACACGUUAUUUUUGGGAAACUACAUGAUUGCACAUAUAUCAGAAACAUUAAAUGAUGUGUAAAAUUUAUCCUCUGUGUACAUUGUGACAGUUUGAUCUAUAACUACAACUUUGUUUAUAGUAGAUAAAAAAAAUUAUAAUAAUAAAUGAACAAAAUUCUGAAAGAUUGUUGGUACUGACACUCAGACAUCGACAUCGAGGCGAUCAGAAGUCAGCGCUCUUCUGCAGACGUCAGAUCAGCUCCAUGAAGUUACGAAGCUUCACGUCGCUGCGAUAAAGGACUCAUAGAAGGCCUGCUUUUGUGAAAACCGUACAUGUGUUAAAGAAUCUUGUACAUUUGUCAGUGUUGCUACUCAGAAUUGCUGUUCAAUGCCUUUCUUAAAGUUCAUGUAGAUGCAGAUCAUUUUAUUUAUAUAUCUAUAUCCAUUUGAGAUGAUUCAUAGGGGGACCUGAGACAGAAGCUAGAACUGUCAAAUAACCUUGUGCAACAAGAAGAUAUUUAUUUUUUGAAACUUGAAUAAGGUUUUUGAUGUCACAAACGUAUUGUAUUUUUGUACAAAAUUGUUUUGAACGUUUUUGUGUACAGUACCUACGGUAUUGCUUUGUAUCAUUCUGAAUACUUUAUUUAUUGAAGUGGUUUUCCUGAGCAGUGUGGUGGUGUUUUAUUUGAGCUCGGCUCCAAGCGUUUCUGUGUUGCUGGUUUGUGUUCAUACACGUCUACUGUUGGUACAGUUGUCCACCGGGUGCUCGAGUUUUUCCACCGGUCCUUGAUUUUGUUGACUUGUCCCUGAUUGUUCUGUGUUCCUCUAUUUUAACCCUAACUUUAACAGUGUUGCGAUCGAUCGCUCCCAUUUUUUUUUGUUGUUUCAUUUUGAUCCAACUCUAAAGAUUGAUCGCAUCGUACAUUUUAAUACGAAGAAAAUGUUGGCAGACCACAAGGUCUUUUAUCUUUACCAUGUGUCAUAUAUACACAUACUGAAGAUCGCAGAUACUUUGUUCAGUGAGUUUACUCUGUUUACUUUGCAUGUACAGAAGGCCGUUUGUGUAACAAUGAUCUUCUCAGUCUUGAUCCCAAAUCAGAUUCACGCUAAUGUGACUUUCAUGACCGAGCAUUUUGAGUCAAAGACUAAGUUUGAAUAUCAAUAUGUUACUGCAGAACAGUGUCAGAUUUUGACGGCCUCAUUUACCAUUCUUCAAGGGAGUUACACAAAGACUGGUGGUCAAUCGUGUGACUGAGGGGCGACUUGCCUGGCUGUAUUGGUUUAUUUGCUUCAAAAUAACAUGCUGUUCAUUGUUCGCUUGUUUUCUUUUUAUCGACAAUAAAGAGAAGUAGGUUUCUGAA